AUGGCGGCGCCCCAGUUGGACCCCGCGAAGCUGCAGCUAGUCCAGGAGCUGGAGCUGGAGAUGAUGUCAGACAUGUACAACAGGCUCGUGGGCGCAUGCCACCGGAAGUGCAUACCUUUGAAGUAUCACGAGGCUGAGUUAGGUAAAGGAGAGUCUGUGUGCUUAGAUAGAUGUGUGGCGAAAUAUUUGGACGUCCAUGAGCGCAUCGGCAAGAAGCUGUCUAAUAUGUCGUCAGGGGAGUCCGAGGACUUGACGAAGAUCAACAUCCCAGAGAAGAAAUAAUUAGGAAAAAAUAGAGGAGACAGUAAGGCAUUAUUUGUAAAGGUGUAGUGAAAAUUAGCGAAUAUAAUACUAUUUUGUUACAUCUUUAUGAUUGUCUUAAAAGCUCAUUGAGAUUGCCUGAACGAAGACACAUUGCAUUUAGUUUUGCGACAUUUAAAAAUAUUGUAAAGAUUUGCUUGAGUUUGAAAGUAGGUUACAAGAAAACUUUGGUAUUCGUUUAGGCGAUCUCUACCACACUGUCUGUGUCUCUAGCCCGGAAAAAUAAACGGAUUUGCGGGUACUUGGGAAGUAUAAGAGUGUUGUACUUAUAAAAUAAUUAAACACUACCUUUUUUCUUACGAAUUGCACUUUUGAGAGUUCAAAAUAAUUCAGUUUAAUGUCUUUAAUGUUAAAUGGUUACCUCAAUAUGUCAAAAGUGAUCAUAAUUAUGUCUAUUUGAAACUUAAAUAGAACGAAAUGCCUAAAUAUUUAAUUUUAUUAACUGAUGGAUGCAUUUCAGUGUGGGUGAAUUAGUUAUUUUUUAGUUAUUGUUAGAACAAAUUGUUAGAAAAUAAAAGUGUACAAGUUAA